AAGGGCGAUGGAUUAUUCCAGUUGCCCAAACGAUGCCACAUUCGGGCCUGCUGUCCAUGGCUGCAACCAUAGAGACUUUGAUUUCACUCUAAAAUUUGAGGCAAUAUUCUUUUCAAUUCUUCCUGCUGCAGUUUUCAUCAUCCUCGCGCCUGCCCGCGUCAUCUGGUUAUUCGAAAAACCUGUCAUCGUGAAGGGUCGAGAUUUCCAGUUUUCUAAAGCUGCUUUCAUUGCCCUUUGCGUUGCAUUACGCUUCUCAUCUUUUAUGUUGAGUAUCAUCUGGCGUGGCGAGCAGGCUCCUCUGUUUAUAACAUCCGCCACACUAGAGGUGGUUGCCAUCUUGUUGGCCCUACCCUUGUCUUUUCUUGAACAUGCUCGUUCACCACGUCCGUCGAUGCUGCUGAGCGGCUACUUGAUUCUUUCACUAAUCUUUGACAUUGUGCGAACCCGUUCGUUCUGGCUAUUGGCUACGACGCGCACCGAGAGCGCCUUUGCCGCGGUUUUCACAGCCGCUGUCGGCGUGAAAGCUGUUGCAUUCCUGGCCGAGUCUCAAACGAAAACGAGAUGGAUUCAAUGGGAUGCCACUGCUCACAGUCCAGAAGAGACGACUGGAUUCUUUGGACUGGUAGUAUUCAGUUGGCUCUGGGACAUAUUCGCAAUUGGUCGCAAGAAAGUGUUGACUUUGGAUGAUCUAUUCCCUCUUGAUCAGCAUAUGGCGAGUGAUACUUUACGAAUGAAGCUUCAAGCUUCAAAAAAGGCCUCUCCAGGCCAUAGCCAUAAGCAUGGACUUGCCAAAGCUCUUGCCAAAUCCAUAUUGGGGUCUCUGCUGCUUCCGAUACCGCCGAGACUCGCCCUGUCAACCUUCAAAUUCUGUCAGCCCUUCCUCAUCAACUCACUGCUAUCGUAUCUGCUGAUACCAGCAUCUGAAAGACCGGUCAACUAUGGUUAUGGUUUGAUAGCGGCGACGCUUUUUGUUUACGGAGGCAUUGCUAUUUCAACAUCCAUUUACUAUUAUCUACGAGAGAGGGCUAUUUGGAAGGCUCGCGGAGCUCUAGCCAGUUCCAUCUACGAGCAGGCUCUACGAUCUAGACUCUCGGUAGUUGGUGACUCUUCUGUGCUUACACUAAUGAGCACGGAUAUCGAACGUACCCGGCCGGGCCUCACGUCUAUGCACGAAUUCUGGGCAAGCUUCCUCGAAACUGGAGUUGCUCUAUGGUUGUUAUAUAGGGAGCUUGGCGUUGCCUUUGUCGCACCCAUUGUUGUUGUUGGCGUUUGUGUUGUCUGUGUGGCCAUCGCGAGUGGUUUGAGCGGCCCCAGGCAAAAUCUUUGGAUGGAAAAAAUACAGGAAAGGGUUGGCGCUCUUUCUCAUGUCGUUGCGAAUGUGAAAACCUUAAAGGUUGCCGGCUUGGCGGAAUCAGCUGAAGCACUUAUCCAGCGUCUCCGUGAGACCGAGGUCGGCAUUGGCGGCAGUUGGCGAAUGAUUAUAGUCGCGUUUGUGAUAAUUGGCUUUGCUCCAUCCAUGCUAGGCCCGCUAUUCACCUUUGCCGUAACAUCACGAACUCUCGACACCACUCGAGUAUUCACUUCGCUGUCUUUUCUUGUUCUUCUCACAGAGCCACUAUCUCAGAUCUUCCAAUAUGUACCUUUCUUGAUGGCUUCUUUUACCUGCCUUACGCGCAUUCAGACUUUUCUGGAGGAAGAAUGCUGCGUAGACUUUCGUGAAGACGCUAGUCGGGCUCAACUUGAGGAUGAGUUAAACAAGAGCUCAAGCGAAGACAACGGCGCGUUAAUAAAAGUCAUUGACGGCAAUUUCGGCUGGGAGAAGGAGAAGCCUAUUCUAUCAAAACUUUCUUUCAGCAUUGCUGCCAAUUCUCUAACCAUCAUGAUUGGACCCACUGCUUGUGGCAAAUCGACUCUUCUCAAAGCUCUGUUAGGAGAGACGCCCAUCCAUGAUGGUCGUGUGCUGAUACAGCCUGCAGCUCGUCGCAUCGGCUACUGCGAUCAAACUCCUUUUCUAACCAAUGCCAGCGUCAGAGAUAAUAUCCUCGGAUAUUCUUCGUUUGACGAAGAUAGAUACAACGAAGUCCUGGAAGCGACGAUGCUGCUUCCAGAUCUUGCUCUGCUUCCACAGGGUGAUCUUACCAAGAUAGGGAGCAACGGUGUGAGCCUGAGUGGCGGCCAAAAGCAGAGGGUAUCAAUGGCCCGCGCAUUAUACGCAGACUCCAAGCUGUUCUUUUUUGACGAUACACUUAGUGGACUAGAUGCGGACACCGAAGAGCAGGUAUUUCAACGAGUCUUCGCCGCCAACGGUCUCAUUCGCCGUCGUAAUGCCACAACAAUCCUAUGUACUCAUGCAGUGCGUCAUUUGCCGUCUGCAGAUCACAUUAUCGCCCUGAGCCAGGAUGGCCUGAUUGUUGAACAGGGCACUUUUAAUGAUCUUGCUUUUCUUGGCGGCUACGUCCAAAGUCUGGAAGUCCAAGUUAGUGACAAAUCAUCUGAAAUUAUGCCUUCAGACUCUUCAUCUACUCUAUCCGCUAUGGAGAAGGGCGAAGAGCCCGUUGCCGCUACAGCUCGCACACCACCACCGGCAAUGUGGAGUGCAACAGAUGAGCAUAGUCGACAGACCAGAGAUUGGUCCGUCUAUAAACACUAUGCAGGAAGCAUGAAGCCAAUUACUUUGCUAUCGUUUGUAUUACUCGGAAUAGCCCUCGGCUUUUUCUUCAACUUUCCGCAGAUCUGGCUGAACUUUUGGUCCGCCGAUGUGGUGUCGGCUCACAGAGCUCACUCUCAGGCGUACUGGACUGGCAUCUAUUCUUUAUUUCUCAUCUUAUGCCUAGCCUCUAUAGGCGCGAUAUGUGCUAUUGUUUUCAUCUCCAUGACUGCGCAGUCCGGCACCACUUUACACCAUCAGACGCUACGUACGGUUAUUAGAGCUCCAUUACGAUUUUUCACAACUGUAGACGCUGGAAUUGUUACAAAUCUCUUCUCCCAGGAUAUUUCGCUUGUAGAUGUAGAGCUGCCCCAGGCGCUCCUCAAUGCCACAGCAGAGCUAUGCAUUUCCAUUGGCACGGCCGUUGUUGUGGCCACGGCCUCGCCGUAUAUCGCUAUCAGCUAUCCAUUCGUUGUUGCUCUCAUAUGGCUGAUCCAAAAAUUAUAUCUACCUACUUCUCGGCAGCUUCGAUUGCUAGAUCUUGAAACAAAAAGUCCACUGUAUACGCAAUUUACAGACACCAUCGCCGGAGUCGCAACGCUUCGUGCUUUUGGUUGGACCCAAGAAAGCCUCGAUUUCAACAUGGGCCUCUUAGACAAUUCGCAACGCCCGGCAUAUCUCCUAGCCAUGGUACAACACUGCCUGACCUUUAUUCUUUCGGCAGUCGUCACGGUGUUGGCCACAUUAGUCGUAGUUCUUGUCACUCAGGUCAAGGAGAUCACAGGUGCUGGGCUAGCUGGAGCCUCAAUGGUCAGCUUGAUGUCUCUUGGAGAUUAUGUGUCACACCUGAUACUCAUGUAUACUCUCUUGGAAAUAUCAAUCGGAGCUGUAAGCCGGUUGAAGUCUUUUCGUGAGACAGUGUUACCAGAGAGUUCUCCAGAGGAGGAUGCGAUGCUGCCACCGCUAUGGCCAUUAUAUGGAUCGCUAGAUAUCAAAGCUGUGUCGGCUUCUUACAGCAACGAAUCGGACUCCUCGCUAGCAGUAGAGGACGUAGACUCGAACUCAGAUACCACAGAUCUUGUUCUAAGAAAUAUUAGUAUAAGCGUCGCACCUGGUGAGAAGGUUGCUAUUUGCGGUCGCAGUGGAAGCGGUAAAUCCACUUUAUUACUCCUUCUGCUUCGUCUUCUGGAUCCCCUUCCAGCAUGCGCAGACGGCGUUACAAUCGACGAUGUAUCACUGAAUCGAGUCAGUCGCUCAAUUUUACGACAGCGUGUUAUUGCCGUGCCCCAGGAUUCCGUCUUCUUUCCAGACGGACACUCUUUCAAAACAAACCUCGAUCCAUACAAUAUGUCAACUGAUAGUGAUUGCACAGAAGUGCUUCAAUCAGUAGGCCUCUGGCAGGCUGUAGAAGAUAAUGGUGGCUUAAAUGGCCACUUAUCCACUAGUAUGCUCUCUCAUGGCCAGAGACAGUUGUUUGGCUUCGCCCGUGCGAUCCUACGACGACGUGUACGCAGUAGGACUGCUCGUACUGAAAUCGCAGGAUCAGACGAAUAUUUACGCAGCUCCUUUGAGAAGGGAGGCGACAUCGGUGGCCUGCUACUCUUGGAUGAGGUAGGGUCGUCUGUGGAUAAGGAUACCGAUCGCACAAUACAAAGACUUAUCAGGGAUGAAUUUGCUCGAUACACCACGAUCGCAAUAUCUCAUCGGCUUGAUGCUAUAAUGGAUUUUGAUCGUGUUAUUGUGAUGGAUAAGGGGCGUAUUGUUGAGUCUGGCCGCCCUCAAGAGCUGGUAGAACGGGAAGAGGGCGCUUUUAAAAGCCUAUGGACCGCCGGAGGUCGAUAGCUAUGAUUAAUAUUGAAGAUGGGGCUCUAAGAGCUGCUGCGAUACCAUAAUUACACGAAGAAGAGGCAUUCGUACUUCUGAAUCGCCAUAAUGAAUUUAC